UUACUCGGUCUUCAUAGCAAAUAAGAAGCAUCCAAACGAACGAGGACUUCCCAGGAACGACAACAACACCACCUCAUCUUUGAUCUCUUCUCUUCUCUUCUCUCUCUCGCGUCGUCGUCGUCUCGGUCUUCAUUUUGCCGCCGCCGUUCUCUGUUCUUCAUGAAAUGGAGAUUAUGAAUGUCUUCUCCCUCCCCCGAGGAUUUGGAUUCUAUCCAACUGAUGAGGAACUUGUUUCACAUUAUUUGAAGAAAAAAUCCCUUGGCCAAAAGAUCGACCAUGAAAUAAUACCAGAGGUGGAUAUAUACAAAUUUGAACCAUGGGACCUGCCAGCGAAAUGUCACGUACCUACCCGUGAUAGCAAAUGGCACUUCUUCACCACACGAGACAGAAAGUAUCCCAAUGGUUUUCGAUCAAACAGGGCAACGGAAGCAGGUUACUGGAAGUCCACUGGUAAGGACAGGAGGAUCAAGUCCAAACAUCGUGUGGUGGGAACUAAGAAAACUCUAGUUUUUCACAAAGGCCGGCCUCCUUUAGGAAAGAGAACAGAUUGGAUCAUGCAUGAAUAUUAUCUGGAUGAAAAGGAAUACAAAGCUGCCCCUGGUAUGAAGAAUUCCUUUGUCCUCUGCCGUGUUACAAAGAGGGAUGGCUUGGUGCAAGAAGCUGAGAUGUCCUCCAAAAUUGGUGAUUGUGCAGAUCAACCAAAAGGCGUGACUGAUCUAGUAGUCCAAGGUGAUGUUGAUGAUGUUGAAGCAUGGAUUAAAGAACUUUACGAAACCAAACUUUUGCACUAUUCAUGCUAUUACUGAAUUAAAGGAAAAUGACAACCUUAUUGCUCCAAAGAGGGAAGCCGAUAAUCCAUGUUCUCCACCAAAUAUCUCAGAAGACUCUGUCCAUUUCCCACUAGAAAUAGAUAAAACAGAAUGUUUCCUAGAAGAAGAUAUCCCUGAGUUAGAUAUUGAUUUCUUUUUUGGAGAAUAUGGCGCUGGUGUAGCGCUUGAUGACAUCUUAACUCCAUCUGAAGCUGCAGAACACAGGGGGAACCCAAUACAUUACAACUCAUUGACUUCAUUCAAUGUAGUUGGCAGGCAUGGAAGUGAUUUUAUUUGUGAAAAUGCUGACAAUACAAAGAACACUGGAAAUGAGGAAACAGGCAUUCAGAUAAGAUCCCGUCGUCCUGGAUUUUCUACUACUGUAACAAAAGAAAGGAUCAGGCUUCAGACGCACAAGAUGGAAUCAAGAAAUGGAAAAACAAUCAAUGGGACUGUUGAGUGUGUCAAUGAAGAUCACCUUCUUGAAUUCAAAAAUGGUAGCGAUGAUCCUGAAAGACCAGCAAGCAUUCAUCCUAAAAAGAAAAGCUACAUCAAAGGUUUGAACUUCUUGUUUUUGGCAGGAGUUUUUGCUUUGAUACUCUAUUUCCUGCUUCAUGUUGCUGCACCGUUCUCUCGUAUAAGUUCAAGCUCAGAAUUGUAGUUGAUAUUUAGUAUUUCCUAUGCUUAACUAAAUUAGAGGGAUUGCUGGCUUCUGAAGAUUACUAGGUGCUCUGGCUGCAACACUGUAGGAGAUGUUAAUUCGGUUUGGUUUUGACCGCUUUGGUUUUGUAGAACUUUCCUAUUAUUAUUGUACAGUCGUUUCCUAAUUUUUGUACUGCUCUGGUUUUUGUUGAAAAUUUGUACUUAGAACCCUUUGGUCAUACUUGUUAAUACAUACAUAUUGAGGGAUUGAUAUAA